CAAAGCAAAAUUUGAAGCUUGAAAAUCGGGGAAUGUCGGCGUGCCGCUUUCGCCCGGAGUAGUUUCGUGUUAAUUUCACAGUUUUUACAGUUAAAAUUUUCCUCAAACGGCCGAAAAAUGUCCGUGUCAACGAAUAUAAGCGUGGAGGCUCCGAUCGAAAGCCAAAUCCAGGAGAUUGCGUACGAUGGAACCGAGAUCUAUCAGCUGCCGCCGACGCUGUCGGAACAUUUGGCCAAGUGCGCGGCCAAGAUCGACUUUAGCAAGACGGCGAACGACAUUGAUUUGGUGCAGCAAAGUAUCAAGAAAGAGGACGAGAAGAAGGAGGAAGAGGGGAAGGACAGUGCGGCCCACUUUCAGUCCAGCUUGUGGCCGUGGGAUUCGGUGCGGAACAAGCUGAAGGAGGCGUUCACGGAGGUUUGCGUGCUGUCGGACGUGCUGGCGGUGGCGAAGGAGAAGCGCUUUAUGGUGCUGGAUCCGAUUCCGCAGGAACCGCCGGAGGUGAAGCCGAUGGUGCAGGUUUACGCGCGGAAGAAGGCGCUGGCGAGUGCGGCGAACAUUUUGCUGACCGGGGCGGAUCGGUUGAAGAGUGCGAACCAGGGCGAGCAGGGCGGGAGUCGGGCGCCGGACUUUCAUAUUGAGUUGCUGCGGCUGCGGAGGAAUUGGCGGUUGAAGAAGGUUUCGAACACGAUUAUUGGGGAUUUGAGCUAUCGGACGGCGGGGUCGAAGUUUAUGCAUCCGGGGAUGUUUGAGGUGACAAAGGCGGAGGACGAGCAGAAUGGGGAGGAGGCAGCGGGGGCUGCGGGUACGGUGGCCACGACUGCUGGUGGAGCGGCUCCGGGGCCGAAGAUUAACUCUGCGUUGAGGGUGAAUGUUCCGACGGAAUUGCAGGGGGUGGCGUUUAUUAAGGUGAUUACGCAGAAGGACCAAGGGGAUUUGUGCACGGCCACGCUGAACAUGAUGGGAUCGACGCAGCUUUGUCCGCAGGCCGGAGCGUGGCAGCAGACGCUGGAAUUUGCCCAGAAUGUGUUGUUUUGUAAGGAGCUCUUUAACCAACUGGCUAGAGAAGCGGUUCAGUUGCAGGCACCGAUUCCGCACGUGGUCGUUGGCAAUCAAAUUCGAGCUACGCUACUCCCGGGGAUCCAGCUGAUCAUUUCCCUUUGCCACUCGACGUCUUCCGACUCGAACAACAGUUCGGAACCGAUCAAAGAUCAUGAUCACGUGCUGGAGCAUUCCCUACAUCAACUGCUUCGUGAGUUCCACCACAAAAACACGCACCAUCCAUUCCCCCAUCCGGCGAGCGCCCCGCUCGGCCCCAGCAAGAAACGCAUGCUCGCCGGUCCGUCCGCGUUCGACCGUUACGAACUGCUGGAGAUGACCAAAUCUCAAACCCUGCUCGAGCAGAUCAUCGCCCAGGCGCAGCACAUCUUCACGCGACGUCGCGCCCAGUACGUCCUCGACACACUCGCCCGGGACGUCAAAGAUCCGCAAAUCACCUCCCACUGGAACGCCAUGAACAGCCCGACCAUGUCCUGCGUCAAGAUCAACAUCACCUCCCACGGGUACGACGCCAACCUGCGCACCUCCCUCGUCAUCCACGUCAAGGAACGCUCGCUGAAGUGCAUCUGCCGUGACGGCCGCAUCAUGCACAUGUCCUACGAGAUGCAGGAACUGCGCGACCUCAUCUACUGCCAGAUCAGCCAGCACCAGAUCAUCUGCCUGCAGAACCUCGCCAAGUGCAUGGCCUGGCAGAUCCUCUCGAACAGCAGCCACCUCGGCAUCGGCGCCGUCGAACCACUCGGCAACGCCAGCUCCUGUGUGCUCGCCUCGCCCAACAGCGACCGCCUGAUCGCGGUCCAGGUCCGCUGCGAUCCCCAAAUCGACGUCAAAGUGUUCAUCGCUCAAAGCCCCGGCAAAGACUUCUUCCCCGGUUCGCUCGUCCAAGGGCGCCACUGGGAGCAUCUCGGAGGGCACUUCAAGGAGGUCCGCUUCGACAAGAUGGAGGGCAAAAACUUCCACAACAAGAUGGAGUUCCUGAUGGCGAGCCUGACGAGUCAGUCCUAACGGCGACCACACCGGCUGGAGGAGAUCUUCCUAAGUGACGAGGGCGAUGGAGGUGGGAGCGGCGAUGAGGAGGGCGAGGUGGAGGAGGAGGAGGAAGAGGACGAUGAUGAUGGAGCUGGAGGGGGCCGAAGUCCGGAGCUUGGUCAGCUCGUGCUUGAUGUUGCGCGGGGGGACUUUUGAGAAUUGUGAAAACACACUCGUAUUUUAUUGCUUAUGGUGAGGCAUCUUGUGACUACACACACAAUUAGAAUAAAAGUAUUUCGUAAUAAAUAUUAACUGAUAUCUGUGAAAA